UACAUCCGUCUGACCAAUCAGAGUGAAGGAUUACGGGGAGGGGCGGAGUCUUCGCUUUCUUCGUCGGUGCUGAAGAAACAGCUCGACGACAAAAACACGACAGAGACGCAACGGAUACAUAACAAUAUCUGACGAAGCCACAGAAAAGACACAGCUGCAACCAUGGGCAAGUCCCAGUCAUACUUGGCCAAAAACAAAGAUGGGAGUCACGAUGCACUGACAGCGACUGACGGUGACUACACGGAUGUUCCUACAGAAGAGGAUCACAAAAACAGAGAUGUGUCCCAGUUUCCCUACGUGGAGUUCACUGGACGGGACAGUGUCACAUGUCCCACAUGUCAAGGCACUGGUAGAAUCCCACGAGGCCAAGAGAAUCAGCUGGUGGCUCUGAUUCCCUACAGCGACCAGCGCCUGAGACCCAGCAGGACCAAACUCUAUGUCACCAUGUCAGUGGCCCUUUGUCUGCUGCUGUCUGGACUGGCGGUUUUCUUCCUUUUCCCUCGAUCCAUAGACGUUUCCUACGUGGGAGUCAAGUCUUCCUACGUCUCCUAUGACCACGACAAACGAAUCGUGUAUCUCAACAUUACAAACACCCUGAACAUCACCAAUAACAACUACUACGCCAUAUCUGUGAACAACAUCACAGCACAGGUUCAGUUCUCCAAGACAGUCAUAGGCAAGGCCAAGUAUAACAACAGCACCGUCAUCACUCCUCUGGACGAACGACAGCUCGACUACACAGUUCCGACCACUAUUGCCGAUGAGAUGAGUAACAUGUUCGACUACUGCACUUUACCAACCAUCAAAGUUCACAACAUCGUGGUCAUGAUGCAGGUCACGGUGACAACGUCGUACUUCGGACACGUGGAGCAGGUAUCCCAGGAGAUGUACCAGUACGUGGACUGUGGUGGUAACACCACUUCUCUCCACGGACACGUUUAAGUCUAUCAGUAAAAGAGAAGACGUUUAAAAAAGUCACAUUCUGCUGUAACUGAAGCCUGAGAUGGUGGGGGACGGACGUGUAUGUCUUUGCACAGUGACUUCAAGGAAAUAAAGGACACCAAUGGGUCCUGUCUUAAAUUGAUCUAAUUAACUCCUCCCACUUUCUGUUGUUACAUUUUAAAGAAAAAAAACUAAAUCUGUAUUUUUACACCAACACUGAACAGUUUUGUCUUGUACAGACACGUUCAGCUGCCACUAAAUCAGACGCAGUUUAAGGAUUUUAUUAUUUUGCUUUGCUGAGACUACAGAAACAUUUUUUACUGUAUAAGGAAAACCAAUACUGACAAUGUCACGCCCCAAGAAAACAGUGUUUUCAAAUAUAAUGCACUUUAGCCUGUCACCGAUUCACAGAAAGUGAGUGACUGUUUUUUUAACCUCAUUUAAAAACCCACUUACUCCAUUCCCUCAUCUGCAGUUGAAGUGUUUGUUUGGAGUCAGAUAUUAUUCUUGAUAUUGUGUUGUUAAUAACUGUACAUUUGAUGUAUGGUCUUCAUCUUCAUCGUUUUUGAUUGAUUCGUUGUUGGUUUUGACUGUGUUGAUUUUCGUUUAGCAGUAACAGCUAACAUCUGUUAACCUGAUGAUCUUUUAAAUGUUAAGGUUUUUUUAUUCAUCUGUCAAACUAGACUUGUUUGGAAUUAAAGGGUUAAUUAACGUGUUGAAUUUAGGAUAAUGUCUGUUAACGGGUCUGUUUUACUGAAACCACUUCUGUACUGUGUCCUCUUCACCAGCUCCCCUCAAUUUGAAAUCACCUGCUCUUUGUUAAUGAUCGGUUUCAUUUAUCAGAAACGAUGGAAGGAUAUCGAAAGAUUUACCUGUGGGUCGAGUAUAAAUAUAUAAAUAAACUCAUAUUCAUUCGAAUUUAUUGUAUUUAUUUUUAUAGCCCAUCAUGUAAAUCAUUGGUGUUUUGUUGUAAAUCGCAUGAAAAUAGAAAUAAAAAGGUUGAUUGGUUGUACCACA